UCUGUCUACAGGGAGGUGCGGUCUCUGUACCAGGGGGGCGCGGUCUGUCCCGUAGGCGAGGACGGAAGCGGAAACUCGGCCAUCUCCUCGUCCAGCCAGGCUCCAGGCUCCAGCAGUCUCUUUAAGGCGUCUUUAUGUCUUGGAGAUGAUGGACUGAUUACGUGAGCGCUGUUGUUUCACAGCAAUAAAACCGAUGAUUUUCUCACCGUGGAAGAACCCGACAUACUACAGUUUUCGUCUCCCAGCCGUCUGUUUUUUUGGGACCCGAUGUCGCCUCGGGACGAACUGAGACGUCCAUGAACGAGAGGGCGAGAAGACCGAGAAGCUAGAAGACACUGAGAGGAGAGACCCUUAUUCUGCGUCAUUCUUGUGUAACAGAUUUCAACAGAACUCGACGGCCAGACCGUUGCCAUGUCGACCUCAUCGCUACGGCGACAAGUAAAGAACAUCGUCCACAACUAUUCAGAGGCUGAAAUCAAGGUUCGGGAGGCGACGUCCAAUGACCCGUGGGGCCCCAGCAGCUCGCUCAUGUCGGAGAUCGCUGAUCUCACCUACAAUGUCGUGGCCUUCUCGGAAAUCAUGAGCAUGGUGUGGAAACGCCUCAAUGACCAUGGCAAGAACUGGAGACACGUCUACAAGGCUAUGACUCUCAUGGAGUACCUGAUCAAGACGGGUUCAGAACGUGUCGCCCAGCAGUGCCGAGAGAACAUCUACGCAGUCCAGACCCUCAAGGACUUCCAGUACAUAGACCGGGACGGCAAAGACCAGGGUGUGAAUGUGAGAGAGAAAGCCAAACAGCUGGUAACGCUGCUGAAAGACGAGGAGAGACUAAGAGAGGAGAGAAUCCACGCCCUCAAAACCAAAGAGAAGAUGGCACAGACCUCCAGUGCCUCCUCGGCCCCCUCAGCUCCCAGCCUGGGGGGCAGCCUGUCCCUGGGCUCCCACUCUGGAGGGGCGGAUCCUGAGCAGGCCUGGCCUCAGAGCUCCGGAGAGGAAGACCUGCAGCUCCAGCUGGCUCUGGCCAUGAGCAAAGAAGAGGCGGAGCAGACUAGCAAGGACCCCCUGGAGGACGCAGAGUUCCGCUAUGCUCUCACACUCAGCAAAGAGAUGCACCAAAAGGAGGAACGACUUCGCCGAGGAGACGACCUGCGACUGCAGAUGGCCAUCGAGGAGAGCAAGAGGGAGAAACCCAAACCAGAGGAGAGCACCCUGAUGGAGCUGAGUGCCGUCGACCCCUGGGGGGCCCCUCCUGCUGCUGCUGCUGCCCCUGGGGGCUCCACUGGCCCCUCACCUCCACCCACCGUCCCUGCUCCCGCCGCCUCGGGCCCCUGGGACUCGGCCCCCACAGACCCAUGGGGAGUCGCAUCGCCCACGUCCCCCACCAGCACGGACCCCUGGGGGGGAGGAGCCCCGCCCACCGUAGCUCCUCCCCCAGACCCCUGGGGGGAGACGGCCAACAGAGUGAACAACGUGGACCCCUGGGGGAGUUCAGCUGUGACCCCCCCCAGCUCCGACCCCUGGGGCCCCCCAGUGCCGCCCAGCACUUCCUCCUCGGGGGGACCAGUAGACCCCUGGGCGAGCGACGGGCCGGUCCCCGAGCCAAUCAGCUCCGACCUCUGGAGCGCCACCGCCAAACACACAAACGGCACAGGAGAUCCAGAGCGGCGAGGAUCUUCGGCGGCCGGCUGCGACAGCACAGGAUCUCCGGUUCCAUUCAACCUCUCGUCUCUCGGCUCGUCGCUUCCGGUCCGUAAAACUCCAGAGUCCUUCCUGGGGCCCAACGCCGCCCUGGUGGACCUGGACUCCCUGGUGUCUUCUAAACCCAAACCCAAACAGCCGCCGCCUCCUUCCAUCUCCUCCUCGUCAGCGCACAACCCCUUCCUCCAGAACACAGGUUCAUCUCCAGCCCCCGGCAUGGCCGUGACUCCCGGCAGCACCAUCUCCAGUCGGGGCGUCUCUCCGACGCCGGCCUCCUCCAACCCAUUCGGCGUGGCCCCCCCCAUGACCUCUAUCUCCCCCCAGCCCUCCUCGCUGGGCCUCAGCGGCCUCCGCACCAGCCCGGUGCCCCCCAACCCCAUGCUGGGCCUGGUGCAGCCGGGGCUGGGUCCCAUGGGCCCCAUGGGCGUGGGGGCCCCUGGGAUGGGCCUGGGCAUGAUGCAGGCCAGCCCCAUGGGAAUGCCCUACAGCGGGCUCUCCCCCAUGGCCCCGCCAGGCCCUGCCCUCCUGGGGCCCGGAGCUCCGCCUCCUCAGCUGAUUUUGGGUGGGCCGUCUGGACCGGGGGGCGUGAUGGGGGCCGGGGGGUCGGUGGGCGGCGGCGGGGCGGCGGGGGCCAGCACCAACCCCUUUCUUCUUUGAGGAAGUGACAUCCCUGCUCCGCUCACCUGUCGGCCUGGUCUACCUGCUGCCCCCCCCCCACCCCCUCAGCCAGAAGACGAACGUCUCGAUAUUUAAAGAAGAAUUAAACUCUUUCUUUUCCUUUUCCUCGGAGAGCAUUAUUUCAUUUCAGAUGAUUUUAGUUCCUUUCAUUUCAAGGCGGGUUGUUUUCGGGGGGAAAUAGAGAUUCUAUUUAUUUUGUUUUAAUCCACUUCUGUUGGUGUCGUACUUCCUGUUGUGUUUCAGUCCUGUUGUGAUGAAGGUAAGUCUGUGAGGUUCCAGCGGAGGAAGAAGCCGUGAAGCCACUAAUGAACUCCACAGACUCUGAGCCGGGCUUCUUCCUCCUCCUGAACCGUCAAACUGCAUGAAGGAUGAAAAACCUGCGGCAACAUUUCAGGCUCGAUGUGGUCGGAUCCUUUCAGCUUAAUUUAAUCUAAUUUAUUUCUUUCCAGUUCUUGGGAACAAAUAAACAAGGAGAAAUCAUGCAACGACGUUUCAAAAUCAAAAGCUCAUUUUUCUUCGUUCCUGAAGCCCUGAAGGGAAGCGAAGGAGAAGUUUCUGUUUGUGUGUUUCUGUAUCUGUCCGUCAUCUCAUUUCAGUGACUAGGAAAGGAAGAAAUCAUCCGUUAUUUUCAGUUUUUUUGGAAAUUGUGUUGAUAAAAUGUGAUGUUGGGAUCUCAGCCGAGGGUCACCUGCUUCUCUGCCAAACUUCUUUCACUUCUUUUUGUUGAUCGGAAACAGAUUUUCCUCCUUAAAUCACGUUUCAGAUGCUUCAGUAGUCGUAGCUCUGCAGAGGAGAGAUGAAAGAUGAGGACAUGGAGGGACAACGUUCCUCUGUUCACUGUUUCUGAUCGAUGCUGACUUUAUUUAUUCACCCCGUAGCUUUGAUUCUCCUCUCAGGAUCAUUUUGGUUAAAAACAUGUCAUUUUGAACAGAUUUUGGCUCCUUUUGGACAAUUUUUCUUCUCAUUUCUUACUGUGGGACAGUGUCCUCCUGCAGCGUGCACCAAAAAUAUUUUUUAAAAAUCUGUAAGCGACCUAGUUUUCAGAUGAACUGCAGGCAGUGUUUCCAGAGACGACAAGAAGAACUGAGACUGUAGAAAUGACUCAAAAUUUGUCCAAAAUGACAAAAAAAAGUCUUCAAAAUGGUUCAGUUUGUCCAAAAUGACACAAAAGUGGCCAAAUUUAUCCAAAAAAUGUGUCCAAAAUGACCUAAAACCUGUUCAAAAUGACAUUUUUUAGCCAAAAUAAUCACAAGAGCAAAAUAAAACCGACUGGAUCAAAAAAAGUUCUUGGAGGCUGUAGAAAUGUGAAUGCUCAGAAUCUAACUCAAUGUGUCUAAAAUGACAAAAACUAGUGAACAACUGCUGAAAAAAUGCGUACAAAAUGACUCAGUUUUCCCCAAAUGACAUAAACUUGCCCAAAUUUACCUGUUCAAAAUAAUUUUUUUUUAGCCAGAAUGAUCAUGAGAGGAAAGAAAAACCUACUGGAUCAAUAAAAACUUAAAAUGUGUCUAAAAUGAGAAAAACUAUUGGAAAAAAAAAGCGUCCAAAAUGACUCAAUUUGUCCUGAAUGACAUAAAAUUACCAGAAAUUAUAAGAACAGUUGUCUGAAAUCUGUUGAAAAUGACCUGUUUUUUGAUCUAAAAUGAUCCUGAGAGGAGAACCGAAGCCCCUGGAUGAAUAAAAAACUGCAUCUCGGCUCAGAAACAGUGACCAGAGGACAUCGUCCCUCCGUCUCCUCGUCUGUCAUCGUCUCUCCUCCGCAGAGCGACGACUGAAGCUUCUCUAUAAAACGAAACAAAAAACGAAGCGAUUAUUUGAGCGAGUGAGGAGAGAAAACCCACCAGGGACUCGACAACACGCUCCACGCUGUUCUUUUAAUUUAGAUUGAUGAAUAUAUCUUUAUUUUAUAUCGACAAGAAGAAAAAAAUCUUUUAUCGGGUAAGGUUGACUUUUGUGUGGUGUUGACUGUGAACAUUCACAUUUGAAAAGUAAAAUGGAAAAAAAAAUCUAAAGAAAUUUAUGAAAUAAAACAAAAACACGGA